AUGGGAGACGCAACAGGUGCUGCAAAUGGUGUGACUUCGAGAUCCAAGGUUUUGCCGCCCUUCCCAGACGACAUCAAGACUGCUCCCCUGGUGACGUUGUACCUGGCCAAACUACUAUCCCAUGACGUCGAAGAACAUGCACGCCUAUUCAAGGCCAGUAAGAAUUUGGGCUUCUUCUAUCUCGAUAUGCGUGGUUGUCCCGAGGGCGAGACCCUGCUGAAAGGCAAGGAUGCGCUGUUCGAAACCGCCGAAGAGUUUCACACUCUGCCUCUCGACGAGAAACUGAAAUGUGACUAUGCCUCUCGAGGCACCUAUGCUGGGUACAAGGGCGUCGGCAGGGAAGUCAUCGAUCGCCUGGGCACGAGGGAUCGUAAUGCGAUAUAUAAUAUGCCGAAGGAUGACAUCCUUGGGAUCAAUCCCGACCCAUACCCAGUACCUCCUCUGAUCGAGGCCCAGCACGAUGAGCUAGAGAAGUACGUCAAGGCGAAUAACGCGGUGCUGCAGACCCUCUUCUCCUCCUUGAACAAGUCGUUGCAACUUCCGGAUGGGACGCUGAACAACCUCCACCGGCCCACAGAACCAUCGAUGUGUCAUGUCCGCUUCAUCUGCGCGCCGCCUCACCCUCCUGAAGAUCGCGGCGUGACCUCUCUUGGCGAGCACACCGACUUUGGUUCCCUAACAAUCCUCUUCAAUCGUGUCGGUGGACUGCAAGUCCAACUCCCAGGCGAAGCCAAGGAAUGGGUGUAUGUCCGGCCAGUGGAGGGCUGCGCUAUCGUCAACAUGGGCGACGCGAUGGUCGUGUUCACCAAAGGCCUUCUGCGGAGCAACCUGCACCGGGUGAUCACCCCUCCCGGCGAGCAGGCAGAUAUAACCCGCUACAGCCUGGUGUACUUCUGCCGCCCAGAGAACGCCGUCGUCAUGACGCCGUUGCACGGUGGGCUUCUGGAUCAGGUCGCAGGCGAAGCGAAGGAUGACGAGCCGGGAGAGAGUAGUGCGGAGUGGAUGAAACGGCGUCACUUGGGCAGGAAGCUCGAAUAUUUCAAGGGACCCGAGACCUGGGACAACGCUCGGGGAACCGAAGGCACGCGCAUGGCCGUGUGA